AUGCCGCACCCGCCCGCAGCCACCACCAUCACCACCACGGUGCAAGACGCAUUUCAAAAGCCAAAGAAAUCAGUCACAUUUAGCAGCAACCAGGGUGCCAGCGAAAGUAUUUCACUCGAAACCUUUACGAUAGAAGACGUACUCGCGCACGACAAGGCGGAUGAUAUAUGGGUCGUCAUCGACGGUGAGGUGUUCGACUUGACGUCGUUUGUGGACGAGCAUCCAGGUGGACGAAAAGUUCUUCUCCCAGUUGCGGGCAAGGACGCAACGAAGCAGUUUCGGAAACAUCAUCGAGAUGCAAUCCUAAUUCGGUAUCGGCCAAGAUUCAAGAUCGGUGUAGUGGAACCUGAGGAGAAAAAGCUGAGAUCGAGGUUUUCAUUCUGGAGAAGAAGUCAUUAG